UUGAACCUGCGAAACCUCCCGCCACGGCUGCUCUCCUGUCGUUAACCGCUGCUAUUUCCACCGGAAUAUUCCCGUCACUCUCACCGGAUUAUGCCUCAUUUCUGAUCGUUUCGCUGUUGCACGCUCAUUUCUUUCCAUUAACGUAGUGUAGAAAUGACGGUUUUGCGAUCUCGAGAAGUGGUUCCUACGCCGAAAUCUGUGGAUUCGCUUAAAAAACGUAAAAAAGAGGUCGUGGAACCAUCGACUCCAGAGAAAUCUGUGGAAGCAUUGAGCAAUCUGCCGGGAGAGACCACUCCGCUUACAGGCUCUUCCAGGAAGCGUUCAGUACCUCCGGAUGCUGUACCUAGGCGGAGUCUUAGAUUGGCUGCCAAAUUUAGUAAUGCUUUUUCUGAUAUUAGUACUGCUAGUAAUGGAUGUGAUGUAGGAAAUUUGAAGGAUGGUGAUGGUAUUGAAAAGGGGGGUUUGGGCCUUGAAGAAAAGGGAGAUAAGAUCAUGGGAGAAGUGGGCAAGCAUAAAUUGGUUAGUGUAGUUGAGGAAUUAAAGAUAAGAAGGGAUACCGUGUUGAACAAUUGCGGUGAUCAUAGCAGGGAACCAGUUGAAUGUUCUAAGGAAGGAAGUCGGAUGAAAAGACGGCGUAUGGAGGUGGACACAAUACGGUUGAAAGCACAAACAGAGGUUGACACAUCAAAAAGGUUCCUGAGUUUGCGCUCAGGGAAAAAGAUUAUGAAAGAAGUUGAAGUAAAUAAUGGGGGUUCUGUUUUUGUUACUGGAGGAAUUGAGGGUGGUCAGAAGUCCUCUCCUGGUAAGGGGAGUGAGGAUGUGCCAAAAGGUUCCGGGGCCCCAGAAGUCCUACAGUUAAUCUCUUCUGCAGUGACAAAUUUAAAGUUAAAUGCCACCAUGGAUGGGGAAGGAAAUCUUGAAAAAAAGAGAUUAACUGUAGAAGAGAAAGGUAAAGGAAAAGUUGCUGAGAGAACGUUGUUAAUGGCUUCUAGUUCUGUGAGAUUUGAAGUGGAUCUCUCAAACAAUAAUAAAGAUGUUACUGGUGUCAAUGCCACGAGGAGGCUUAGUAGAAACGAAAAAGGAAAAGGAGUUGUGAUUGACAAUGAUUUAUCCAAUGAUUUUUGCACAUUGAAUAAGGAUUCUGGAUCUAAAGUAGAAACAAGCCAUGCUGCUGAGCAUGAAGCAACACAACAUGGAGAACAGAUCAAAGAGUCUACUGUGAAUGUGACUAAUAUAGAAAGAGGUUACAGGAAACAGUUCAGGGAUAUAGCUAAGCGAAGUGCGCCAAGAUUUGCUCAUUUCUCUUCCCAGGAGGAAGGGAACCUUGUUGAUGAGGCUGUAAGAGAUACUCAACCACCAAAAGAAGUAUUAGGAGACUGGCCUGGGCCGUUCUCAACUGCUAUGAAGAUUAUCCAGGAUCGUGAAAAGAAUAUGGAUAAACAGACUAAGACGGGUUCUGUCCCAGAAAGUAUGGUUGCACCACUGUUAUGGAAUCCAAAAAAGGAUACGCAGCCCAAUCAAAGGAGAAAGAUUAUUCCCUCGUUGCGAGAUCUGUGCAUGCACGUUCUGGUAAAGAAUGCAGAUGGAAUUACUUCACUUGAUUGUGUUCCUGAUGUACUCAGACACAAACUAUGCAAUCUACUCUGUGAUUCUAGGAAAAUGAAUUGUCAGUUUCUUGGACUUCUUACCUCUGGGUCUCCUACUGAGAUACGCCUGACGGAUUGUUCGUGGUUAACUGAGGAGCUCUUUAUAAAUUCCUUUGAAAGGUGUGGAACCAGCAACUUAGCGGUGCUACAACUUGAUCAAUGCGGUCGCUGUUUGCCAGAUUUUACGCUUUUAGCUACCUUAGCUCGCUUGCCAAAUAGUUUGCCUGCUCUAACUACUAUAUCUUUGAAGGGUGCUUGUCGUCUUUCAGAUGUUGGGCUAAGCGCUCUUGUUUCUUCUGCACCUUCUUUGAGAUCCAUUAAUCUUAGUCAGUGCUCUCUUCUUUCUUCUAAUGGUAUCAAGUGUUUGUCUGACUCAUUGGGGUCAAUUCUGAAGGAGCUGUAUUUAGAUGACUGCGAAGCAAUAGACUGUUCGCUGGUUUUGCCAUUUUUGUUAAAACUUGAACAUUUGGAAGUUUUAUCAGUAGCUGGUAUCCCCAAAGUUUGUGACGAUUUUGUUAUAGAGUUUGUUACUCAGCGUGGUCAUAAUAUGAGGGAGCUUGUUUUGAAGGACUGCAAGAAGUUGACUGACCGUUCUGUGAAAGCUGUUGCCGAAUCUUGUCCCAGAUUAUGUGCAAUAGAUCUCAGUAACUUGUUUGGAUUGACAGACUAUUCCGUAGGUUAUCUUGCUAAUGGUUGUAGAGCGAUUCACAAGCUAAAGCUCUGCCGGAAUGCAUUCAGUGAUGAAGCUAUUGCUGCAUAUCUCGAAACUAGUGGAAAGUGGUUGAAAGAACUGUCCCUCAAUAACAUAAAAAAGGUGUCACACAACACUGCAAUGUCACUCGCAGAGCAUUGUAGAAAUUUGGUGAGUUUAGACGUGUCUUGGUGUCGCAACCUGACAGAUGAAGCCCUGGGGUUGAUCGCAGAUAGCUGCUUAUCCCUAGAAGUUCUGAAGGUGUUUGGCUGUACUCAGAUUACGGAAGUGUUCUUGGAUGGCCACUCGAACCCACAAGUUAAAAUCAUCGGAAGGAAGUUGACCCCAGUGAUGGAGCAUCUAAGUUUGGCUGAUCCUCUGCAACAAGGUCCACUACUUUAUUCAUCUGCAUAGCAUAGCAUAGCAUAGCAUAGCAUGCCAGAUGAAUGUUUUUUGUGUACGUUUUGAUGCAUGCAUGCAUGCAUGCUUUACUCAUCUGCCAGAUUGCCCACUCGGAAUUGGACAUUGAUAGGAGUCGGCUUCUGGAAUAUAAACACUGAAAUAUUAUAUACCCUUGUUUUGUUUUAAGGCCAGGGAAACUAAGGCCUAUUUAGGGGAUGUGGAAUUUUUAAACAGGGUGACUUUUGAUUGGGAACUUUUUUGCCCUACUAUUAUAUUUGAUGCUUAUUAUUAUGUUUGUUUGUUUA